AUGUCGGCAAUUGAAUUGUCUCAAGCAACACCAUCUCGUAGUUUUGAUGAAAUAAGCAUGUCUCCUGGUAAUGAUGGUGAUACUGAUGAUGAUGAUGAUGAUAAUUCUAGUUUACAAGAACAAGAACGAAUACAUGACUUGAACAAUAGAUUAAAAUAUUUUCUUUUAACAUCCAAUUCUGAGCAACGCGCCGCAAGACGUAAACAACAGGAUUUGUUAAAACGAGAGCUGGUCCGUGAAUAUCUUCGAUCAGCAUCUGAUUCCGAUACCGGCCGAUUACAAGAGAUAAAAAAACGUUUCAAGACCUACUGUAACUCUUAUGAAGAUCUAAUGAAUUCAAAUUGGGCAGCAUGCGGUUAA